UACACUAUUUUCGUUGCCAGACAUAACGCUAGCUCCACCAUCAUCAUCAUCCUCAUCACCACCUCCAUCAUCAUCGCCACAGGUUGAUGUGAACAUCUUCGUCCAUACAUCAGAAGCAUAGUUUCUUCGUCGGCGUCGUCGGACGACAAAAGGGGGCGGGCGAGCGGAAGCCGUAAUAAGAUGAAGAAACGUUAUGUGGACGCGAGCAGGCUGCGGAAGAUGAAGAAGCUGAAGAUAGGCGAGAGGCUGUCGGAGAGCGCAUACACCUUCCUGAAGUUUAUGGCCAUGUGGAUGUUGGUGCUGCUGGCGGAUUUCAUCCUGGAAUUCCGUCUGGAAUACCUGUGGCCAUGCUGGCUCUUCUUUGGGAGCGUCUACACUACUUUCCACUGCCACGGGCUGGUUAUUUGUGCUGUUUUUGUUUGUGCCGCCUUCACCCUUGACGUCUUUUGUUUGAUUUUUGUUCCGUUGCACUGGCUCUUCUUUGUGGCCAGCACCUACGUCGUAUUCAAUUACAUCUGGCACACAGAGAAGGGCAUCUGCAUAUCCACAGUGUCCUUGUGGAUUCUUCUCGUGUACACGGAGGCUUCGCUUCGGCUCAAAGACCUUAAAAGCUCACACGCCAACCUCUCUCAUCUCUUUGCUGCUCACUGCAUCGGAUAUCCCGUGGUAUAUCUGGGCUUUGACGUCACCUGCUACUUCACCAACAUCUUCAAGCUGCGCAUACAGAAAGCCGUGCAGAGCGACAACGACUUCCACAUGCACCUGCUGCAGCACUCGCUCCCGCCAGGUCUGCCGCUUUACCCCAAGAUGGCGGCCGACAAUUGCCACUCUAAAUGGAAGACAAGGGCUGAGUCCAGUCAGUAUCAGUGCCAAAACGGCGCUGUUCUAGUCGCCGAUGAGUCCCACACCACAGGCUGCCUCCAGAUUGCUAGCGAGGAGAAACCGACUGAGAAAGCCGCCCCGGAAAUCAGGUCAGCUGACUUGAGCGGGAAGCCAAUGUCGUUCAAAAACUGCUCAGGCGAGUCCAGAGAGCAGGUCCCUGGCGGGACACCGGGACCAGAAUCCUCCGCAACCCCAGAGAAACUACCUCAGGAGGAGCAGUGCAGCAAAGCCCCCCGGGCAGCGAAGAACUCCUCGCCAAAGGCCCGUGGGACCACCAACACGCCUUCGCCCCUUGCUGGCAGGGCGGAGAAGAAACAACGAGGCAACUGGAAGACAGUCAGUCCAAACCGGGACGCAGCAGACAAAAACGCCACAUCGGCUCAGAAUCAGCACGCUGAGCAGCUAAGCAGGCUGGAGCAGGAGGUGAGGAAGCUCAGGGGCGAGCUGCAGGUGAGCCGUCACGGCGAGCAAGAACUGCGCAGUCACGUCUGCAACCUGACUAACAGCGAGAGGAGCCUGAGGCCUGAAGUGUCUCUGCUGAGACAGUCCAACAUGCUGCUGCAGAGCAAGAUCCUGUGUUUGACCAAAACCAAGCAGCGGGACAAGCAGACCAGCGCCAUGCUGGAGAAGAAGACGCGCGCCGAGACGGAGGCCAGACUGUCGGUGGAGAGGCUGCUGGUGGAGCUUCAGGCGCACAAACCAGAUGAGGCGGCGAGGAGUCUGACCAGCAGACAGGAGAGCACUGAAAGCCAAAUGUUAAGGAAAAGAGUAAAAGAUCUAGAGACAGAAUACAAACAACUACAGCUGGAGGGUCAAGUCAAAGAGAGUCGAGUGGUAGAUCUAGAAAAUGAUGUGGAGGCUUUGGGAAAGUACCGCUGUGUGGAAAAGGACACGGACCUGAUGCUGUCCACACUCUCCAUCCUGCAGGAGAAGGCUCAGCAUCUGGAGUACAACCUGAGCGCGGAGACGCGUAUCAAGCUGGACCUGUUCUCAGCACUGGGAGACGCUCGCAGACAGCUGGAGAUCGCUCAAUGUAAACUGAUGAAACAGGAACAGGAAAUCAGCAACAUGAAGCAGAAGAUCGCUGAGGUGAUGGCUGUCAGCCCCGCCGUGUCCUACUUGGCUCCUCGGCCCGCCGUGCCACAGUAUCUCACCAAGCUGCUCACCUCGGAGCGCUACAUGCUCAACCCACGAGCCCUCAUGUACCAGUGUCUGAAGAAAUAGACCUGAGGGGGAGGGGCUUGACGUGGAAGUGACAUCACCGUGUUGGCGGCUUCCAGCCGUAAGUAGACAGACCUCAGACAGCUUCCACGCGUCACCGCGCCUUUUUGCUGCGCGACUGGUGCUAACCAUUAAUGUACUACACCACACUUUAAUUUCCACACAAUUCGAUCCAACUGACUAAAAUCAUGAAGAUGACAGAGAUAAAGCCCAUUUUCAAUGACAAUAGCCCAUAAUUGUAUAAUUGUGAAUCAUAUAAAUACAAUCCAAACAUGGAUUUAUUUAGUUGCUUUGUUUUUUUUUAAAAAAAGACAUAACAUCACUGGGAAAAAAGACAAAAAAAAAACAUGUAUCCACAUUUAGUUGGAAAAAAAAAGAUGUUUUAAUUUUUUCUAAAAUCCCGAACAAAAACUAAAAAUUGUAUUUCAUAUUUAUAUUUAUUUUAUUUGUUAAAUAUUUUAAUAUAUUAUUACUAUUUAUUGUAUUCUUAUUUUUGACAAAAAAUAAAUUAAGUGUUUUGCAUCUAGAGCCCCCUAGCAAAUAUUUUAUCAAGAUACACUUUAAUAUUUCUUUAUUAGUUAUUAUUAACAAUUCUAGCAUAUUAUUGCCAUUUAUCUUUUUUUUAAUAAUUUGUUUAAGUACUUUUUAAUCCAAAAAACCCCAGCACAAAUGUUAUUAAAUAUAAUUCACUAUUUAUGUUUGUUAUUAAAUAUUUUGGUUAAUCAUUGCUAUUUAUUCUAUUAUUGUUUCAGUGUAAAUUUUGUUUUAUAAUUUUUAAAACAGGAACAACAUUUACAUUUUAAUUUGUAUGAAAAACAAGAAAAAAAAAGUGUUUUUUUAAUGGUAUUCUGUUUUAUAAUGGAAGAUUUAAAAAAUAAACAGUACUUGUAUUUCAUUUUGUAAAAAAGUAACAUUGUUAAAGAUAUGUAUUUUUUGUUUUUCAAAUAAAAAUGCAGAUAUUAAAAAAAUAUGUGAUUUUUCAGAAAGAGAAACAAAUCAAAAAUAUAUUUUUUGGGUGGCUGAUGGAAAUCCUCAAAGUCUGAUUUGUUAAAAAAAAAAAAAAAAAAAAACUAGACAAAAAAACAAAUCCGGAGACCAAAAAUAAAAUGUAUUUCAGGUAAAAAUGUAAAAAAAAAAUCUAGAAUAUCUCAAAUAUAGUUCAUUUUGUUACUUUUAAAAUAAAACUAAAAAUACUUACAUUUGGAGAUAUCAGAAGUUUUGUGUUGUAUCAAUACCAGAUAUCAAACAUAAAAAAUAAAUGCUAUUUUGGUGUCAAAGAUUAAAAUAGUUUUUUUUUCCAGAUAAAGAUAAAAACUUGACCGAAUGCGUAAAUAUUAGGGCUGUCAAAUUAAUAUUUUUUCCAGAUUAAUCACAUUUUGGAAUUUGGAUUAAUCAUGAUUAAUCAAAGGUGAUUACUUGCUUGCAUAAUUCAAAUGGUCUUAAGAAAAGACCCCAAUGUGUGUACAAAAUUGCAAUUUUAUUGUCAGAAUGUCAUCCAGGAACAUUUUUAAACAUACUUAAACGAAUGUCAUUUAUUUGCUCACAACUCGAUAACAGUUUUAUCUAAAGUUCUUUCAGGAUGUAUUUUGGAGGGAAAUUUGCCAGUCAGAGUGAACUCACUCAUUUUUGUACUGACGCACUGAUAGCGGUUAAGGUAAAAGACCAUGUAUGGUCAAAAGAAAUUGCAUGAUUCAUCUGUGUAUAUACAUGAUUAGUGCAAUCAUUUUUUGUGAUUAAUCACAAGUUAACUCAUUAAUUUUGACAGCCCUAGUCAUAUUAAUAUAGGACAUUUUUUUCACGAUAAAAAAAAGAUGUGGUGAUACAUGUUUUUAUUUUGUUGUAUUUGUCCUUCACAGUAAGAACUCUGUUGGUUUAUUACACUAAGGCAGCUGGGGUCAAAGACCAAAUGAAUGAAUGAAUGAAUGAAUGAAUGAAUGAAUGUGAACGACGUACCAGUGAUCCGUUUUGCCCCGAUUGAUUUUUGAAGGCUGUUAGGAUUUGCCAACAGUUUUUCCUUACAAGACAAUUAUUUUCUGCUGGUUGUAGGAGUUUGUAAGGAUGUUAACUCUGCGAGGUGCAGACUGAAUGAGGACGUACUGUAUGUACAGUACGGACCAAACGAAUGACUGUGCCUAAAGACAUUACUUUCAAAGUGGAUGUCAUGUGUUCUGCAAUGAAGUGCUACAGUUUGUACUGUUUGUGGACUUCAUUUGGAUUUUUCUACUCACCGUGUACAGAAUUGAUCUGGAAAACACUCCAGAGAAGUAGAACCGUCGCCUUUUUUGUUGUUGUUGCUUUUUAUUUAGAGUGUUGUUUCUAGGAUGUUUUAUAUCAAAACUAUUUUUUAGUCUCGCUGUACUUUUUAUUAUUAUAAUUAUUACUGUUAUACCUCUUUUGUCAGCAUGAACGUAAAACGGAGGAGCACACAUUGUGACGUUGAAAAGUACGUAUUUGGACAAGGGCUACUGAUUCUUCAAAUGUUCAUGAAGGACGUUUUUUUUUUUGUAUAAAUAAUUGCAAUUACUCUCAUUUCCAUGUAUCAUUUCACACAACACCUGCUUUUUGUCAACAGGCAGGAAAUAAGAGUGUCUAUUCAUAGUGAAAAAAAAGCAAGAGAGUCCAAAGGGUGGCCCGCGCUACAUAUGGUUAAAAAAAAACAUUUUACUUUGGUGUGUCA